ACGUCUCGUCUGCUCCACCAUGAAGGUAUGUAUGUUCUGCUUUUCUCUCUUAUGCUGCUCUUACUGACACAUUGCCCGCAGUUUAUUGACGAGUUUGAUCUCGAGCUCGUAUCGCAAACCUUAAGGUUCGACACCAUCGACUGCCAUAUCGAAGGGGGUUGUGAUUUGUUCACCACCAAACCUGCCAACAGCGACAAGAAGCUCUACAAGACCAUCGAUCAGCAUCUUGCUUCGCUUACUGAUAACUACCACAUUAACUCCCUUCCCAAGAACACCUCCACUGCUGCCUCCAAGAAGAAAAAACGAAGGGCCAGUAUUUCCAACCUUCCUUCCUCCAACAUCAAAAACCUAUUGCUUUCGUCCAAUAUAAACAACAUAAAUAUAAUCAAAAACAAUAAUCUUUCCAACCAGAAUCAGAAUCAGAAUCAGAAUCAAAAUUCAAAUUCAAAUAGCAGCAAGGGGAUCAUCAAGAACACUCUAAAGAACUCAAGAUCCUUUUCGGCUACUGCUUAUCCUGCCAAUCAGAAAUCCCUUAUCGAUAAGGUCCUAUCCAAUAACAAUUCUAAAAAAAUAGACCCAAUUCCAAAUAACAAAGCUGCCAAUACCAAUAGUACUGAUACUGAUAAUAAUACCAAUACCAAUUCCAAUUCCAAUAGUAAUGGCAAUUCAAUUGCCAUCACAACUACCGAUAAAAAUAUCAUUGACGAAAACUCCCUGUACUUGGAUAUAUCUCCAUCUACUCCCAUCAACGACGACCUUCAGCUUUCUCUUUUAAAUCAAUCGCCCUUUGGUCCCUUGAAUUACACUGCUAGUAGAAGAACUUUUGCCUAUUUGAUCGCAAUCUUAAACACAAAUUAUCCUGAUCAUGAUUUCUCCUUCUUGCAGCCCUUGGAUUUUAAAAAAAUAUCCUUCUUACAGUUACGCUCAAAUUUUGAUAACACUUUAAUCUCUCUAGGCAAAUCCCCCAAACAAUGGAUUUGGGAUACUAUAAAUAACCACAUCUCAAUCAAUGAUUCGGUAAUCUAUUACCACCUUCCAAACAACAACUUCCUUCAAGACGAAAUCCACACUUUAUGGCUAAACCACUGGUUUAUAUUUAACAAAAAAAGAAAAAGAGUAGCCUUUCUCUAUUUAAGUGCAUCCAGACUAAACAACAACUCCAACAUAAAUACAAAUACAAAUGCAAAUCAAAACACUUUCACAAAUAAAACCAACUUCAGUAUAAAUACGAUAAAUAAUAUAAACAACGUCUCUUCAUCUUUAAAUCAAAAAGACUUGAUCUCUUCUAAUGAAAACAUACAUUUCUUCACCAAAAAUAAUGGCUCCUCUAAUAACUUUUCCUUCAACAACAAAAUAAAUCCCAUCAACUCUUUCUAUAAAUCUCGAAAUAGAAAGAAAUCAAUCACAAUAGAUGACGAAUAUGACAACGACUACUAUUACGAUUCUGACGACUAUUAUAACCAAGAUUAUAACUCAAAUUAUUACUAUGAUGAUGUAUUUCUCUCUGAUGAUUCCUCCUUUCGCUAAGGUUUGACAUUGAAUACCUAAUUAUCCAUUUUUAUAUGCGUUUUCUCUGAUGUUAAUUUUGUUUUCUUUACUUUGCUCGCUACUUUAUCCACACACUCUUACUUUCUUUAACCUGUCUUUACUCUUCAAACACAACCUUUUCGGUAGCAGAUUUCGCUUUGCCGUCGACGCAAUAAAAAGAAGUUGCUGCAGAUAGGACUCGAACCUACCCAGUGAAAUCUUCAACAUUCUAAACACUGGUUUGAAGCACUAGCAUGGUGUUGCAUUAGCC